AGACAGGUCCAGCUUUAAUCCAGGGGGACUUUUCUGACUCUCCGGGCCCGAACACGGACGUUGUGGCCGUUUAUCGCCGCAGGUCCCCGACGUGUGAAGCAGCGAGUCGGCAGGUGAAAGUUGGGGAUGGAGCCCCGCUGCGACGGCUCAGAGCCGGAGCCCCGGCUGGUGGAGCCCCAGGUUAUAGAGCCCCAGGUGAUGGAGUCCAGGGAGACGGACCUCCAGGAGAAGGAACCCCGGCUGAUGGAGCCCCGGGUGAUAGAGCCCCAGGUGAUGGAGUCCAGGGAGACGGACCUCCAGGAGAAGGAGCCCCGGCUGACGGAGUCCAAGGACACGGAGCUCCGCUGCAGCCACUGCGGAGCCCCGAUAGAGAGGCAGGCUAAAGGCUACAAGAGGAAGUCGCUGCUGUCACUGACCGACCUGCGGAGCGCCAGCAGACUCUUCCCGGACCUGAAUCCGGUCCAGGCGUUUCUGUGCUUCUCCUGCGUGCGGCUCGUUUAUAACAGAACCAAGAAAAGCGGUAAAAAGCGGGUGUUUGUGGACCCUCAGGCCGCCCGCCGCCCGGCUCCCCCCCGGUCCGUCCCGGAGGAACCGCCGCCUCCCAAGAAGCUCAAGCCGAGACAGAAAGCGGCUCCUAACGAGCACGACUACGCCUCCCAGGACUCGGAGCCCGCCGCCCGGCCCGAACCCCCGCAGACCCGCCGCCUCCGCCGCGGUCCGAUCCCCCGGAUCUGUCGGUACCUGCAGAAGAAGAACCUGAGCUCUGCCCUGAACCUGCUGCUGCAGGUGACCGGGUUCAGAACCGCCCUGAUCAGAACCUGCUCCAGGAUCAUCGGCCAGGAGCGUAAAGCCCUGGUGUCGGACCUGCAGGGACCCUUCAGGAGGACCUUCAGCCCAGAGGCCCUGGCGGCCUUCAGCUGGGACCAGACUACUUCCUGGGCCCAGCACAAGGCUCCGCUGACGUUAGCCUGCCUCCGGGCCACGUUCCCCCCCGACAGGAAGCUCCAGAAGCAGACGGCAGCUCACGGAGUCGGAGGCGAAGCAGCUGGUGGACCGGAGGAUCAGCGUCCUGCUGUCGGUGUCUCUGUACAGCAGCUCGCUGCGCUGCUGCUUCCUGCAGACGGCGUUCAGCCUGGAGAUGCUGCGCCACCGCUGCCCCGUCAAGCUCUUCAACAUCACCAACAGCCUCGGACUGUCGCAGUGUAAAACCGCCGCCAGGCUGCAUGCCAAGAGGCUCGCCGCCGAACACCGGGGACAGGUGCAGCGGUGGAGGGACGACAUCCAG